AUUAAAGAAAGAAAACCCCAUAAUCAAAGCCUGAACCAAUCAAACACUCUCUCACCUUUUCAGCUACCUUUUCCUCUUUUUUUCCUUCUUUUCUUUCCAACCAAACACUUCCUCAACCUAAUCCCUUUCCAUUCUCCUUCGAUUCUCUCCUCUCCUCUUUCUCUCUCUUUCUCCUAUUGCUUUGCGAUCUUCCUCCAUGGACUCAGAGGAGGAUAUGCACGACGCCAACGACAUCGAGUCCCCCGACGACGCCUUCUAUAGCGGCGAGGCUGAGUAUACCCCCCUGGAAUACUUUUGCAGCGACUACUAUAAUUUUGAUGAUGAAGAUGAUGCCGAUGACGAUGAAGACGCCAAUUUCGACUUCGUCGAAGACGAUGCGGAUGAUUCAGCUGAUAUCAUUUCUCGGCGGCUUGAGCAAAACUAUACUAUCUUAAAGGAAUCUGAUAUACGGCAACAUCAGGAGGAUGAUAUCACAAGAGUAUCCACCGUUCUUUCCAUAUCUCGAGUUGCUUCAAGCAUCUUACUCCGGCACUUUAACUGGAGUGUUAGUAACAUACAUGAUGCAUGGUUUGCUGAUGAAGAACGGGUCCGUAAAACCGUUGGGUUGCUAGAGGAGCCAGUUUUUCAAUUUCCCAAUGCUAGAGAACUUGCAUGUGGCAUUUGUUUUGAAACCUUUCCUCAUGAUGGCAUUAAAUCAGCUGUUUGUGGCCAUCCAUUUUGUACUGUAUGCUGGACAGGGUACAUCAGGACAUCCAUUAAUGAUGGUCCAGGAUGUUUGAUGCUGAGAUGUCCUGAUCCAUCUUGUGGUGCUGCUGUUGGUCAAGAUAUGAUCAAUUCAUUGGCUUCUGAUGAGGACAAGGAGAGGUACUCACGAUACCUUCUUCGGUCUUAUAUUGAAGACAGUAAGAAGACCAAGUGGUGUCCUGCUCCAGGUUGUGAGUAUGCUGUUGAUUUUGAGGCUGGUGAUGGAAACUAUGAUGUUAAUUGCCUCUGCUCAUAUGGUUUUUGCUGGAAUUGUACGGAGGAAGCUCACCGGCCGGUGGACUGUGGUACCGUUUCAAAGUGGAUUUUGAAGAAUAGUGCCGAGUCUGAAAACAUGAACUGGAUACUAGCCAAUUCCAAGCCCUGUCCUAAAUGCAAGCGGCCGAUUGAAAAGAACCAAGGGUGCAUGCAUAUGACAUGCACACCUCCCUGUAAAUUUGAAUUUUGCUGGCUGUGCCUAGGUGCAUGGCAAGAUCAUGGUGAGAGAACAGGGGGCUUCUAUGCUUGUAAUCGUUACGAGGUUGCCAAGCAAGAGGGAGUGUAUGAUGAGGCUGAGAGAAGAAGAGAAAUGGCAAAGAAUUCGUUGGAGAGAUACACUCAUUAUUAUGAACGUUGGGCAAGCAAUCAAUUGUCGAGGCAAAAAGCUUUGGCAGAUUUACAUCAAAUGCAAACUGUGCAUCUUGAGAAGCUUAGUGACCUACAGUGCACACCUGAGUCACAGCUCAAGUUCAUUAUAGAGGCCUGGAUGCAGAUAGUUGAAUGUAGGCGAGUGCUGAAAUGGACUUAUGCAUAUGGCUAUUACCUACAUGAGCAUGAGCAUGCUAAGAAACAGUUUUUCGAGUACUUGCAAGGUGAGGCAGAGUCUGGUUUGGAAAGGCUUCAUCAAUGUGCAGAGAAGGAACUACAACAGUUCCUAAAUGCUGAGAGCAAAUCAUCAAAUGAUUUCAAUGACUUCCGUACAAAGCUAGCUGGACUGACCAGUGUGACUAGGAAUUACUUUGAGAAUCUGGUUAGGGCAUUAGAGAACGGUUUGUCAGAUGUGGGCACCAAUGGGUCUUGCAGCAAGACUACUACUACAAGCACAAAAAAUGGAGGCUCCAGCAAGGGACGAGGCGGAAGGGUUAAAGGGCCAACUCGAACCACCACUGGUUCGAGCAAAAGUGCUGAUGAUAACAUUUACUGGUCUUGUGAGCAAUGUACGUAUGCCAAUGUCAAGUCUGCGACCAGAUGUGAGAUGUGCAACCAGCAGCGACGGUGAAAAUUUGUACAAAGACAAUUAUGGACACGGUAGACCCCUCAAACAAGCUGAGAACUAAAGCUAAAUUUGAUGAGGGGUUGUAGCUGGUGUGGAAGUCUUUGGUGGCUCCUGUUUCUCAUGAGGCUAUUGAAUAGGUGUGUGUGAAAGAAAGGGUUAAAAAACAAUAGCCUCAUACGUGUCAGGUGUGUUGUAUUGAACUCUAUAAUCUAUUGAUCUGUA